CAGCAGUUAACACUCCUGCAAGCCGCGCCUUCUCGUUGUUCUCCUGUAAAGGUGAGGAGAUCUUGUCCAGGAAGGUCAUGGCGAAACCACCCUAUAUGAUUCCCAGCUAUAUGCCAGUGUCCUCAGGUUCUUUAACUAACAAGAUAUUCAUGGUCGGACAUCCUCACAUCGCAUUCGCGGCACGACCUGCGCUCUGUCCAAAGAAACUCCUUGACCUGGUCUGCACAGAGUAGGUGCAUUUAUCAUGGCGCGUACUAACACACGUAUGCGAGAUGAGACAAGUUCUGCCACAGCCUCCAAGUAGGCUCAGUGUCUGCGGCUUGCUUGCUCAGACCGCAACUGUUCAAAUCUUCUCCGCCUCAAAUUGCUUCCGGAUUACAGCCUUGGUAGCUAGGUAAGGAUGGAAAGUACAUUCUCUGGUACUAGGACAGCGUUGUGUGCCACGUCCAUUCCAACGCACCCUCAGGUGACCACAAAGGUCCGUUAUGGACCGUCCAAUUCCGUGGGCGGAGCCAUGAGCCAAGCCAACGCCUUCAAAGACGACCGCAGAACAGGUGAUCUCUUGUUGUGAUAAACGCCUAUCUAGGCCACACUUCACUCGACGGCCGCACUUCACUCAACCUCUUUACUUUCUCACUCCAAUCCAUUCAAAAUGUCAGAUCACCAGAGUUUGCCCCUUUCAGCUGAAAGUAGGGCCCUUCUCACAGCUCUCCUGGCAGCUACGGUGAAAGCCGAAGAAGAUUUACGAGUAUCGUCCUCGUCAGCGCGGUCCUCCAGAGGUGUCAACAAUUCCCGUAUUACCAACAGAGUUCCUCGACGCCGACCCAUUUCGUCUUCAAGCUCAAUGGCUGCUGACCGUGAGAGCAGCUCACAUGAAGCCACUCUUCCUGUUGUACAGGAUGACAGUACCCAUUCUGGUUCGCCCCUUUGCCAAUUCGGAAGUGGAAGUCUGCCCGCGCCUUGUGAGCAGUUCGACUUCAGCUUAGAGCCGCUGACGGACGUCAAUAUGAUUCCUGAAGAGCUCCCAAACGCGUCGAUCUUUACGGUUGAUAUACAAACUGCGAGUCAGAUCGGCCGGCAGAUCGCUUCAGAGACUGCUUCUGUGCUUGAGCUGGUCCGCCCCGGCUGCAAGCGUUCUGGUCUUGAUAUGCUUUUGGCAGAAGCUAAACGCCUAAGUAAAGAUCAAUCUGCUCCUCCAUUGAAGACGAUCGCUGUUGUUGGUGGAUCGGGUGAGGGCAAAAGCAGCGUCGUCAAUUCGCUCCUUGAUUUUCCGGAACUGGCCAAGACAGGAGAUGUCGGAGAGGUCUGCACAACUGUCAUUACAGAAUACCGCCAGAAGACAGAGGACCAGCAUGGCGCGAUCACAAUUGAAGUGGAGUACCUUUCAAAAGAAGCGGUCAAGCACCAUAUUGAAGAGCUGUUGUGGAGCUAUCGAAACCAACAUUACCUUGACACGGCUGAUGAAAAGGGUUCUCUGAGGGAUGCCAAAGGCCAAUCCCGUCUAAGCAAUAGAGACCAUGAGUACAUCGAACUAGAAGCCGAACGCGCGUGGUCGGCUCUGAAAGCCGCAUUUGGCCACCACUCCGGCUUUGGACGAGAAAUGCUUACUAGUCAGACGCGCAAGACUUCGUCGAUCGUUGCACAAUUGGUGCAGUGGUCUCAAGAGCUGGAGUGGGCAAAGGGCAUCGUGAACGGAAAGUGGCAAACAACAGCUAAUGAUGCUGAUGAGUGUUGCGAGAAAGUCAGCACGUUCAUGCAUGACAAAUUCUGGCCGUUCACAAAUAUCAUCAGAAUCUUCAUUGAUGCUCCGGUUCUUAGGAGUGGAGUCAUCAUUGCAGACUUGCCAGAUCUAUAUGACACAAACCUUGCCCGGCGUCGUCUGACGCAGAAAUAUCUUCUCCAAGUUGACCAUGUCCUGCUUGUCACCAACAUCAUGCGAGCUAAGACAGAUGCAUCGUUGAGCUCCUCGCUCUACCAGGAUCUUCUCCAGCACAUCCCUAUGGAGGAGGUAUCAGCUGGGCUGAUUUUAAAAAUGGCUAUCGUCUGCACCAAGAUUGAUGACAUCAAUAUGACCGCCAAUCGACGAGCAUUCUGCGGCGAGAACAAACCCAUCUCAUUGCGAGAUAUGGCUCGUCUCGAGGAGGAGCUGAAAAAUGCCAAGGCGAUGGACAAUGAAACGCUUGCCAAAGCCUUGAAGAGACAACAGAAAACCAUGCUCAUCCGCGCCCGGAACAACCAUGUCACUACCGCUUUGCAAGCUGCUUACGCUUCGGAAGUGCGUGGUGGGAAGCUGGACGUGUUUUGUGUUUCAAACAAGCUGUACGACAAGUAUCGGGGCUCCCAUGACGCCGACCUGCUUCAAAUUAGCGGCAUUGCAGACCUUCGGCAAUUCUGCACUUCCACCACGAAAGAUGCAAGACUGUUACGGGUUCAGAACUUCCUUCGCUCUGAACUGGCCGGCCUGUUAACUUCUGUUGAUUUGUGGGCCACCCGUCCGUUGCGUACUGGUACCAGUUCGCAGAUGCACGGUGCGCUGCGCGGCGCCGUGGCGGGACUGAAGUGGCAAGCAUUGAACGAAGUGACCGCUACCGGCAUCAUGGAAGGUCGUAACAGUCUGCACCAGGACUUCGUCCAGAAUCUUUUCAAAUUUUUCGAACGAAGAAACGAUGAAUGGGAACGCGAGGCCGCGCAGCGAAGCCGGGUAUGGACAGGCUGGCAAUGGAGCCGACUUAAAGCAUGGGUGCUCCGAUACGGCAGUCAUACCACAGUCAAAGGAGACAAAAUCGACUGGAAUGCAGAGUUGAUCUGGAAGUCGAGAACGGAACUCGAUUUCCAGUGGAGUUUAUUGCUCGAGGAUUGCAUACCCGAAGCAUUCGAAAAGCUCUCUGAGAAGAUCAAGGGCCACACCCAGCGUUUGACGAAGUCUGUCGAAGGCGACGUACCAGUCUUCGCGCACAGCCUCGAUCUAAAACUGCGGGCCAUUGAAUAUGAGUUGACUCAAGCUCGACAACUUUUGCUCCAGAAAUUGAGGUCAAUUCGCCGAAACAGUUUCGAGCCGAACGCGGGCUCGUACGUUCUUGCAGAGAUGAUUCCAACGUACAGAUCGGCUGCAGAGAAGUAUUAUGGUCAUGAACAAGCAUCCCGACAGAAUGAUAUCGUACAAGGUCGAAUCAUCCUCGACGGUACCUUGUUUCCCAACAUCAGCAGCCGAAUUGUUCACGACAUCACCUCUGCGCGGCAACAAAUCUUCAAUGAGCUGAGCCGCUCUCUGGAGAAAUUGUUUCGCCUCGAUUGCGACAAUCUGGAGUACGCUUUAGAUUCUGACAACAAAGCCGUGUUGCAUAUCAACCAAGAUAGGGUUCUCAUGGAGCUGCUGAGUGGAAGGAUCCAACGACUUCAGCUGCAGCAUCAGAACCUGCUCGAGAGGUUUCCGCAGCUCUGAUGACGGAUUCUCGGGGCAUGAAUAGAAGCUGGGCACGGAUAGAAGGCUGCGUGGGGAAGAAAGGAUGGCAUAUGGAUAGAGGAACGUUAAAUCGUUGAUAGAGGAACGGCCAGGUCGGUCUGGGAUCGUCACUCUCAGUCAAGAGAGUGUGGCACUGUGUGCAGCCAUCAGCUGAGAUCCAGACGAAGACAACUCACAGCCCGGCCUAGGAAGGAUACCUAGGUAUUUGUCUGAAGUACACAAUCCCUACUCAAUUGUACGAUUACUACCUUUUUUUAUUCAUGAUAUGCUUGUUUCUCAA